CGAAUUUUGUAACAUACCUUUUUUUCUAUGAAGAGUUACCAUAUUGUCACAAUAAACUAGUCAUGCAAGAUAAUUCAUUGAAGCGUGGGUGUUGCUUAUUAAGCUUGCCGAUUGUCCUGUCUUUCCAGAGAGAUCCGGGAUGAUUUUGUUCAGACGCCUAAAACCUCUUUACAAGUCUCCUCUUGUGCGACAUUGCUCUCAAAUUGUCCAGAAGGACCCGCCCAAUCGUCUUUUGAACGCUCUGGGGGCAAAAAUUAGAUUCACAGGGCCGAUCACCGUGGCCGAGUAUAUGAAAGAAUGUCUCACCAAUCCUUUAUACGGAUACUACGCUAAACAUGAGGUUUUUGGGGCUUCGGGAGACUUUGUCACGUCACCCGAAGUUAGUCAAAUGUUCGGAGAAUGUCUCGGGAUUUGGUAUGCCCAUGAGUGGAUCAAGAUGGGUAAGCCUCAACCAUGGCAAUUUGUGGAACUUGGUCCUGGGAAAGGCACUCUCAUGUCUGACAUUUUGAGAACAAUCCACAACCUCGUGCCUGAUAUUAAAGGUGCUCUCACCCACGUUCAUUUGGUAGAGGUCAGUGAUCGACUCCAAAAAGUUCAAAAAACGACGUUGUGCCCCACCCAAGAUCCUCCGAGCACGCCUUAUGGACAAAAAGUCACUUGGCAUCGAGAUUUGAGCCAGAUCCCGGAUCUAUUCACAUUUUUCUUGGCUCACGAAUUCUUUGACGCACUGCCCAUUCAUAAAUUCGUCAAAACAGACGGGGUGUGGCGAGAAGUCUUAAUCGAUUGUGACAAGGACGGACAAUUGACCUUUGUCAAAUCUCGUCAUCCUACGCCUGCCUGCAGCUACAUCAUCCAAGAUCAAAGUGAUUGCCAAGAAACCGAGAUCUGCCCACUCGCUGGUAUGUACACCCAAUUGAUGUCCGAUAAAGUGGACCAAUUUGGUGGAGCUGCCCUCAUUGCGGAUUACGGGCAUAACGGAGAUAAAGGUGACACAUUGCGCGGCUUCAGGAAUCACUCUGUGGUUGAUCCUUUGAAAGAUCCUGGUCUCAAUGACCUCACUGCUGAUGUGGAUUUCAACUACCUCGCCCGAAAUUGUUCGGAGCACGUGCGGCUGUUUGGUCCGGUUCCGCAGAAACAAUUCCUACUUCGCUUGGGGCUUCAACAAAGACUUGCUCAGCUAAUCAAAAGUACCCAAGAACCUAGUGCUCAGAAGCAGCUCCUCUCGGCGUUUCAAAAACUCACAGAAGACAUGGGACAAUGUUUUAAGUUCAGUGCUGUCUUUCCUAAAUCUAUGGAGGUGAUUCACGCUUCCGAACCUCCCGCGGGAUUUGAACCCACAGAGCAGAAUCCCAGUGAACCAAGGUAGCCGUAGUUUGACAAUGAAAUGUCAUGGUUAGGUUGCACCAUUAUUGGAGGCCUUAAGUGUGAUUUCGCAGUAUAUUAAGGUAGAUGUGGAAUUGAAUAUACCCUUGACUUUAAA